AUGGCUGAAUACACCGAAGCCGAUAAAAGGCUUUUUAUGUCUGCGGCUCUUGAAGAGGCGAGGCUCGCAUUGAAAGAAGGUGAGGUACCCGUUGGCUGUGUAUUGGUCGAUUCGAAGACACGACAAGUUGUGUCCAGGGGUCGGAACGCGACAAACCGAACAAAAAAUGCAACGAGACACUGCGAGCUCGAAGCGUUGGAUGCUUACAUGGCGUUGCUUCCCCCACCUAACAUCGGCGGGGUCGAACCACGCGUGGACCUGUCUUCGAUUGAUUUGUUUGUGACGUGUGAGCCUUGUGUCAUGUGUGCUGUUGCGCUUCAGUGUAGUGGUGUGAAAAGGGUUUUUUACGGGUGCGGGAAUGAUCGAUUCGGAGGAUGUGGUUCUGUGUUGAGUUUUCAUAAGAGGCUCUCUGAACAAUGGAAAGGCCUAGAGUGCUAUUCGGGAAUUUUCAGGGAGGAAGCAAUCGAUCUUCUGCGGUCGUUUUACUCGCGUGGAAAUCCUAACGCUCCCGAAGAAAAGAGACAUCGCAAGAUUUAG